AUGUUAUUAACGCUCUGCCUGUAUUUGAUGGCCUUUCGCUCACCUGCACGUGGCCAAGAAUGGCGAAAUUCCGCACGACCAGAGCUUCCUCUUUGGACGACCAGUUUUGACCACACUCAUUCCCAGAUUCCUAAACCACAACUGCCGCAGACUCUUCCCCACUCCGAUAGCACAACCUUAAAGUACACGAGUCUUGAUUCCGGUUCAGCUUAUGAACCGCCAUCAUCUCCACCGGAUUCUCCAAAGGCAGUGGCUCACCGAGUGCCUACAAGAUCUCAGACCAGCUGUGCACCCUCGGCUGUACAGCGUCGCUCGCAGUCGCCAGACUCAUCAGGCUCCAAUUCGAACCAAGCAAUUGGCCGCAAACGGGGCUUCAACCAAGUUACAUCCUCCCCAUCUUCCCAACGAGCAGGUCAUCAACGGGACGCGGGAAAUAAUCAAGGCAACCAGGCCCGGUAUCACGAUGCGCAAUUUUGCACCCAACGAUGUUUACUCGGAUUGCAGUCUGGCGGUGUGUUAGAUGACUGCUGUCCAAAUGUGAUGCUCCAUCAUCGAAGCAAAGACAAUCCCCAACAUCCGAUUACCUAA